UUGAAAUAUCACAUUUUCCAUCGCACGGUGAGGAUGGCAGCAGCAUUCUAUGAUCUUAAUUAUUCUUCGGUAACUGACAACUCACCUGUGAAGGACUAUGGUAACGACACCUUUCUAUCGUCACAUCUCCAGGCUACGGAUGUCAAAACAAGAAAAACAAUGUUUAUCGAUAGUGAUGCUUCUAGGAUACUUUGGACUGGUUAUUCUACUGGAAGAUGCAUAGCACAGUGGAAGAAGAGUAAUGAAAGUAGCGAACCUUUCGAAGAAACAUGUAGAUUACCGGUUAGAUCAGAUCCCUAUGACUUAUGUGAAAUAUCAGCAGAAAGAUUCGCAGCCUCCUUUGCUAAUGGUGACAUUGUCUAUUACGAUACAAGCAACUGUAAAAUACAAGAAUUAGGGAGAAAACAAGCGGUUCACGGAGAUGGAAAUGCACGAGUUCUAGCUCUGAACGAGAACAAGAUUAUCAGUGGCUCUUCUUCCGGUAGUAUAAUAAUCAUGGACAUUGAAAGUGGUGAAAAACAAAUUCUGCCCAUGGAUUAUUCUGGUGUCUCUGCUAUGACUGUUCUCACUGGAGGCUCUCUUCUAGCCACUGGUCAUGAAGCUGGUCAGCUUCUUAUUUGGGACAUGAGGGAUCCUAACACCUUUUCACAACCUUCUACUGCUACCCCUUCUAAGCGUUCUUUGGAUGCUAUUACAGCUUUGGCAGCUCACCCUGCGCAAUCGAACUUAAUUGCCUUUGGUACUGACGAUGGUGGCAUUGGCUUCUGUGAUGUCAGAGGUGCUGGUUCUGAACUGUUACCUACUCUAUUUGAUGUUUUCGUUUCCACAGUUACUAAAAUUGGUUUUCAUCCUCAGUGUGGAGAGCAUUUGGUUUGUUCUUCUCUAGAUGGUUGUUUGAACCAUUGGGAUGCUUCUCAUGUUAACAUGGGAGGGUUUAGAUCAUCUGCUUCGAGUCGGCAAUCUGUUUGGACAAAUGACCGUCUAGGAGAUGCUGUUAAUAUCAACACUUUGAGAAGUAAAAGUUUUGGUGGUGUGAAUGGCUUCGAUAUUGUAGGAAAAAACGUUGUUGCUGCAUACGAUAUGAUGUCGAUAGCAGUUUUUGAGGGUGUUUCAUUCCCUAUCGCCUCCAGUUAA